GUCAGUUCAGCUGGUUUGUAAUUUUAAUACUUCUUUCUGUGAUUCUAGUCUCUUUCCUUAACAGUUGACCGCAACUCAAUACAUACUUCAUGUGCAAGAGCACGUUAGCCACAUUAAUAUCUGUAUGAUGUGCAUCUUACAGAGAAUGCACCUAGCUUCCAUGUAUCUGAUGUGCUAGAACUUUUACUCCCACCUUCACGGUAUUCAUGCUAUAUGUGCAGAUUACAGACCAAAUGGCUCUGUAGCAACAACAUCAUACCAUUAGAAUGAAGGCAGAGGCGAAUCUUGCUUGAGGUAAAACUUGCUUGCUCUGCUUAUAAUUACUCUAAGCUCAAGCCUGUCAACAUCCAUCACAACUUCCACUCUUUCUUCUAUCACUCCCACUCUUGGGGCGUUCCCGUAUUGACCCAAAUAACGCGAAUAGGCUUUCCCCUGCUCACCGUCACGUACCUAUGUUUUGAGAGAUGUAAGGUACAUCGCACACUUGACUUCAAGAUCGUCAACAUUAGCACCAUAUGCUCAUUGUGGUUGCCUGUUCCCCUCGUCCUUGAACUACAUUUUUGACAUCUCUUCACAUACGUCUUUCCAAAAUCUUGCAAGAUAUCAUAUCGUCUUCUCUUACUCCCUCUCAUAUUUGCCUUCUCGCAUCGUUCUUCAUUCUCAGUCACUCGUUCCUCGUUGCAAGCCUUCUUUCAGCUAAUAUCACCCUUCAGCUCACUUCAUGCGAUAUCAUCUCGCCAUCAUGUCUUCAAAUUCUAAAACAAGGUCAUCCAACACCUCUGACUUAAAGCGAAGCACCUCAACUUUACCUGCCUUGGCUAAAUCAAGUCCACCUACAAGCGAACAAAAGGGGAAGCAGCCAUACAUGCCUGAUCCUAAACUUGGACCAGCUAUCAAAGACUUAAGCAAGUUAAAAUAUAGAUCACGCCCAGCUGCCAAGAACUUAUCCCGGUCUUCAAAGCCUAUCGUUUCUCAAGAAACGAAGGACCACAAGUUUACGGCAACGACAAGCACACCCAGUUCGCCUAGCACGAAGGUCCACGCAUCGAAGAAUUCUGACGCUUCCAAACUGCCUAGUAAUGAAGUUAAGAUUAAAACCACGGGACUGGGGAACGCAGUAACCAACCCCAAGCAAUCCCCUCGCGAAGGCCGACGGGAUCCUUAUGAGUUAAUCUCUGAUAGCGAAGCGAGUGAUAACCCGAGAGAUGAGUUCAGGCCUACUUCAGCAUAUAAAAGCAUUCCGCCUUCGGUGGAUGGAAGGAUGAAUAAGAUAGCCGCUGCGGAAAAUAUCAAGCGCUCACAACCAUCAACGCCGACACAUCCUAGUAUCAAACCGUCACCAGAUGUGAGCUCUUCCCGAGAGACACAUAUUCCAAAAAGCCCCCGGCGCUCGCGUCAAUACACUCCUACACCUGCCCCCCUCGGUAAGCAAGUCAUCCUGCUUGACUCAUCAAGCGAUGAGGAGACUAGCGCGCCUAUCACGCCGAAGGCUCGUUCCUCAUCCACACACAGGCCAAGCGUCAGCUCAUCAAGCCCAGCACGCAAUUUCUCGAACUUGGCAGAGGUUCCAGUCGAUCGUUCCUCCCAGGGCAAGGUAGUCCCCGCUCGUGCAAACUCGUCACAGCGUCGCCAGCUUUCCUCCCAACGUACGCAAGCUAGGAUUCCUGCCGGUGUUGAGAUCAUAUCAAUACCCGACUCCUCGUCCGAAUCAGAUGGACAACAAUCGGGCAGCAAGUCACCAACAUGCACGCGCUUGCCUUCUCAAUCUAUCGAGCAGAUUUCCCCCAAUUUGGCUACGAGUUCUAUGAACACCGUCGACAAGAAAGAUGAAGGUGUGGUCUCUUUAUCAACCGAUUCGUCAACGCGUAGCAAUAAGAGAAAGCGAGAUAGCAUUGUGUAUGAAGGAGACAAUCCCCCAGCUAGUACACGCCCGCAGCGAUUGAUUUCCACUGAGGUCAAGGAACACGAUGACCUCUCAACCAGGUUGAAUAGGACUGCGCCAUCCAACAGACCUGAUGGUGUAUCAAGAAGUGACGAAUCGGUCGACGCAGCGGCUCAGCGAAAAUCUCCCAUAUUGGCAAAACGAGCUUCGCAAAGUAAAUCCAGGUCCCCUGGCCAGCCUUGCCCCAGCAACGUUGCAAUUAGCGAGUCUGAUGAUUCCGAGCAAGAUGAAAUCCAAACGAAGUCAGCGGGGUUAAAGAGAAUAAGAACCCCGCGUUCGAUUCCAAAGAAUUCUGGGACAUCCAAGGCUGCUAUCAAAGGCAAAAACAAGGUCGUGAAUGCCAGCUUGCAUAAAAAAGAAAAAGACAACACCAUACCAAAGCCCCUUUCCCAACUAUUCAGCGACUCCGAUGACGAGUAUCAACCGACCUUAAGUGACGAAGAAAGCUCGUGCGAAAGCUCGGAUAACAAGUAUACUCUAUUUGAACGAAGCCCGGGUAGAGAUUCAUCCGGCGUCGUCAAUGCUGUGUCAUCACCGUCAAGUCCCACGCGAAGACUUCGCAGCCGUUCCUAUCCCAAGCCGACAACAUCGUUUACCCCAAUCAACAAACCAAAACCUAGGCCUCAAAGAGAAGAAUCGCCGAGCCCAUUGCCUAUGAGAUCUCGGGGUGGCAAAGGACAUUCGAAAAGCGCGCGCAUCGUGUCUGGUGUAGAUAGAUCCCAGAAGAGGGUAGAUAAGGGAUUGGUUCGACAGCACGAGGGCGGUAAAGAGGAAAACGCCAUAACGCAACCGAUGGAGUUCGAGAGGAAGCCGUGGUGGAACCCACAGGCGUGGAUAGAAAGAUACGAAACUGGGUUUAUGAUUGAUUUCGCCGUGCCCGGCAGGCUCUGGCUCGGAAUAGGUCCAUUCAAGGGAUGGAUAUCUGACGGGCCCGGAAAGGGUACUUAUAUGCCUGGCUACGAACCACCCGACGAUGCGACGAUUGCCGAGGCAGAGAAAACCGCUGAGCUCAGAUAUCACCUGCGUACCUACGACUCAGAUUCAGAGGACCAUGAGCAAUGGGUAAAAGAUUAUUUCCCAAAUACUCGGAAGCCAUCCGAGAACGAAUGCAGUCCUCCACAGCUUACCUCAAGUGUCCACCAAGACACAGUGUCGACAGACAGCCCAGAACAUCCAGCCAUUGGCCCGCAAGUUGAGAACUCUUACUGCACAUCCCCGUCGGCAGAUUCUGAACAAGAAACACCAUCGGAACAUAGAAUAUCGAGCGAGCCCAAGGUAAUAGAACGCGCAGAACGUGUGGAGAGAAAAGAGCAGUACGUGCAUACCGGAAGUCCUAGUGGAGGUAUCAACUCCCAGAUAACUGAUUCUCAUGGCCCAAUAAGCAGUAGAACUCGAGCGAAGAUUCGUACCUAUAGCUCACCGACGAAGAACCACAUCGAAGAUACGUCACCGCUAUCCACAGCGUCCGAAGCAACUUCUACCCUCAUUGCGCAACAGCUAAUGGUCGACUGUUCAUCACUGCCGGCCCAAGUGUUGGCCGAUCCGGCAAAUUCAAACCGGGGAAAUCGAGAAACCAAUCCUGCAUCCUCGGCGCAACUUAUUAGUGAGCAAUAUGAUGCCGACAAUGAUCACCCAAGCACAAGCAGCAGUAGCGAACCGAAUGCUGGCAUUCCGGCUCAACUACACCGCGAAACAUCGUUACCGCGAACACCAGAGAGAGCUCAGAGCAUGUCUAUUAAGUCAGAGCACUCCAGUGGCAAGCAAGUCGACGCGGAAGAUAAACCCGAAUGGAUGAUCCCGCCUAAUGCCUUAACGAAGAGCAACAUAGAAGUUGUGCUGUCAUGGAUGUCGGCAGACCAGCGCGCGGAGUAUAGAUCGAUCUCUCCGAUUUACUACUGUGAUAGCUGUUCUGCGCAGCCUCCCACACCACAGCAUCCCACAUCCUUCAGCGAAAUCAACGAGGCCACUCCGAGCAGCGUGAGCGUGGAAUCGGACGGGUCGGGGGAAGAGACUGUGAAGUACGUGCUGAAUCAAUCGCCAAAGUGGCUCAACAACGUCACGGAGAUAAGCGAGCCUAGACAUACGACGCCCGACAGAAAUAUGACGAAAAUAUCAUCAUCUACGCUGCCAAUAGCCUCCUCACCUCCGAAAUCGCCGUCUCUAAACUUGCGACCCCGCCAGGAGAAGCGAAAAGCCGUGACAAGGGAUAUGGGCAGUUCUUCGUCCUGUAUCGAGGAAACCGAAAAAGGAACGGCUUGUCAUUCUACGACUAGCGCCCCGGCUAGCGAGUCGCCUGCGAGCAAGAAGCAGAAGACGACGGAAAACGGUCCAGGUACUCGGAAAAGGAAUACCCUCAGCCAAAAGCGUCGCCGCCAACGAUGGGAGCGCCGGAUGAAAGAGGCGCGAGAGAACAACGACCAAGCAUAGAUCUAUACUCAUUAACUCGGGUGCUGCUAGUACGCGGAAGUUGAGGUAGGAAGCAGGUAUUUAAUCAAAGUUGGUCGAUUCAUAUUACACACUCGAUAACGGGUCAGCCUAUACAGUAAAAAAAAUCAUCGAGACGAGGAACCCGAGACACUUUUCUGUGUACUUGAUUGGAAUAGAAGACUCCCAAUAGUCAGCUAGCUUCGUCACUUUCUUGUCGAACGGAUUAUUCCAGUAUUGAUACCCAAACAAUGGGGGUUACACGUUGGCAUAACAAAUUACCUAGGUACCUAGCUAGAUAAUGUUCUUGUUCUUGUUCGGUUUGUCGGUUAGUAUACUGUCUACAUUAGCUCAGACGACGCGGUAAUAUAUUGCAUUCAUUCGUUUUACCAAUUCUAUGAUUUCCUUAGGAACUUUGCACAGGUACCUCGUCGAAGACAAUGCUAUUAUUAGACGAUUGCAUAUGACACGACUGUUGUGGGGUGUACGAGUACCACCACCUUGUUUGGUAUAUACCUAAUAAGUAUCGAGUCUGGACAGGAAGUAUGAUGUAGGUAAAGCCGGCAGUUACAAU